CUGUGCAACUUUGGGAAGCCGAUUGUUGUGGAAUUUGUAGUUAUUUUGUGGAAUUUAAAUAUAGGGGAAUAAUGUCUGCACGUUACGAUAGAGCUAUUACUGUAUUUUCACCAGAUGGCCAUUUGCUUCAGGUGGAAUAUGCCCAAGAAGCAGUUCGCAAAGGGUCCACGGCAGUAGGGGUAAGAGGAGAUGAUGUUGUCGUUUUGGGGGUGGAGAAAAAGUCGGUGGCUAAGUUACAAGAGGAAAGGACUGUCAGGAAAAUCUGCCUUUUGGAUGAUCAUGUAGUAAUGGCGUUCGCCGGUUUAACCGCAGAUGCUCGAAUCCUCAUUAACAGAGCCCAGAUCGAGUGCCAGUCGCACAAGCUGACAGUGGAGGACCCUGUGACUCUGGAGUACAUAACUAGAUAUAUCGCUGGUCUUAAACAGAAGUAUACUCAGAGUAACGGUCGUCGUCCCUUCGGUAUUUCAUGUCUGAUCGGCGGAUUCGACUAUGAUGGCCAGCCCCAUUUGUUCCAAACAGAGCCUUCAGGAAUCUACUAUGAAUGGAAAGCUAAUGCUACAGGCAGGUCUGCUAAAACUGUUAGAGAAUUCUUAGAAAAGAACUACACACACGAGGAAGUUGCCACAGAAAAAGGAUCUGUCAAGCUUGCGAUCCGCGCGCUCCUUGAGGUAGUUCAAUCUGGACAGAAGAAUUUAGAAAUAGCAGUCAUGCGUCGAGGACAACCCAUGCAAAUGCUAGACGCUGACACCAUCAGUUCUUAUGUUUCAGUGAUUGAGAAGGAAAAAGAAGAAGAAGCAGAAAAGAAAAAACAAAAGUAGUAAUCAUUUUUAUGUAUCUAUAUCUUUUUUUGUCUUAAUAAUACACGGUCUAAGGAAACAUUAUAUA